AUGAAGAUUGCAUUGUUCAGCGUCCAGCCCCACGAGGAAAGUAGCUUACUGGAGCAAAACAAAGAAUACCAGCAUGAGCUCGUUUACUUCAAGGAGAGCCUCUCAGAGGCAAACGUUUCUCUUGCUUCUGGCUUUCGCGCAGUCUCAGCCUUUGUCAACGACCAGCUGGAUUCCACCGUUAUGAGGGCCCUAGCCGAGAAUGGAACGCAGCUAGUAGCAUUGCGCUGCUCGGGCUAUGACCGGGUUGACGUCAAAGCAGCCACAGCAAACGGGAUUACCGUUAUGCGCGUUCCUGCCUAUUCCCCCGAAGCCAUCGCCGAAUACACAAUUGGAAUGGUGAUCUCCCUCGACAGGCGAAUACCGCACGCCUGGCAGCGAGUCAGGGCAGGGAACUUCGACUUGACUGGUUUUGUAGGUCAUGGAAUUCACGGCAAAACCGUCGGUGUCGUGGGGACUGGACGAAUUGGUGCCGGAGUCGCGCAAGUUUUCAAGCAUGGGUUCGGGUGCAAAGUUCUCGCUCAUGAUCUCUACCCCAAUGCAAUUCUCCAGCAAGGUGGUGUCUCUUAUGUUGACCUCGGAGAGCUCCUAAGGGAAUCCGACAUUGUUUGCCUGCACUGUCCAUUGACCACUGCAACUCGGCACCUUAUCAACGCUGGAACACUGGCUCUAAUGAAAGAGAGUGCGGUGGUUGUGAACACAAGCCGCGGCGGUCUGAUCAACACAGCAGAGCUUUUAGAUGCCUUGGAGAAAGGGAUCAUCCGGGGUUGUGCCCUUGAUGUUAUUGAGGGAGAAGAGCAUUAUUUUUUCCAUGGCCCGAACGAGAACGUCGACACAGCCGAUGUUUUCAAGCAGUUGGUGGCCCUGCCGAACGUGAUUGUUACGGGUCACCAGGCCUUUUUGACCAAAAACGCCGUCGAUACGAUUACAAAGACCACGUUGAAAAAUAUCCAUGAUUUUGAGUCAGGCAGGGUUAAAGAGAAUGUGUUACAUCCCAGAGAGAGUCUCCUUUUGCCUACGACUAACAAACUCUUACUCUCCUGCAUGAGAGAAAGCAAUAUGGAUUUUGAUGAGCAGUCAUUCAGCAGCCCUGUUUGUUCUGCUCCUAUGCAAUGGUUUUCCGUUGGUUCGGAAGCCCAUGAGCCCGCAACCGGAUGGUAUUUUCUCUACGAUCUCAGAGACCGGGAGACGCUUGCAGUAAUCCUUGGCCUCACAAGCACCGAUACUGUUGAUCUACGCCCCGCGCGACUGCCUGGGUUCAAGCCCACAGGGAGCGGUCGAGAUCUGGGGCUCGUCCGGAAGACCAGCGAAGACGACGACACGCCGGUCUUGGGCGCGGCACUCAGAGUUGAAGAGGCAGUCCAUGCGCGGAGGUUGCAAAGCUACCAGUCGAGGAGGUUUCGGGUUGAGAAGUGUUGCAUUUGGCUGGACGCCGGUGAGCAGGAAGAGCGGAUCGAAGGGUUUGCCUUUGUCCGGGUUGAAGCAGGGUUGGAUGCCCAACUCCUAUCAGGCAUUAGGAUCAAUCGCGGCCUUCUUCACGGCUCCCUGCACCUCGCAUCGCAACCCAUCUCCCUUUUUCCUGCAGUUUCAUGCUGCGACCAAGGGUGUUCCAAGCCCUCGAAGUGCUGUGAAGCCGGCACUGCCCCAAUCCCCACCUCCAUCGCCAACAAUGCCCUCCCAAGAUCCGGACCGUCUGCUCUGAGGCAUGUCCCGUCCGCUUCCUCUCUACGUGCACGCAUUCCCGAUGCUCUCACAGAUCGGAACCGUGUGCCCGACUCCAGAUAUCACACAUCUUCGCACUGGGAUAAACUCCCUGUGGAACUCCAGGUCUCCAUUUUCUGUCAGUGUCGUCUGCAGGAUAUCCAAUGCCUACGGCUUGUCUCCCGCGCCUUUCGCGACUUGAUUGAUGUUAACGAACAUGCCAUCGCACGGGAUUACCUCAGAAUUAGGCGCCAUGGAAGCCUUCCAUCGCCAAAUACCAGCACGGCGUCCCACAGUCGGGCCCCCCAAGACGACGUGAUUCUAUUAUCCGAUCUUUUUCCGCCUCCAAAUGGCUCGAAUGACGCCUACUCCUUCAAGUACCUUGCCAGCCUACGACGGCGCCAAGAGACCUGUUCAAAACUGUCGUAUUAUCUAGCCGAUCGAGUCCUGGAUAAGUAUAUGCAGAAUAACCCGGAGGUCAAGGCCUCCUUUGCGUCGAAACGAGACCGCCAGGCCUGCUAUGAGCGGGGCGUUGCGUUCCUCCAGUUCAAACUUACACCUCUCAUGUUCUAUGUUUUAUACUUUCUUGAAACAUACUCCGAAUCAAAGUCGAGGGAGCUGGAUCGCCUCUAUUGCCAACGUGACCGGCGCGGUCAACGAUCUCGAGCCUAUCGCAUGGACUACGAAUACGCGUCCCAAUGGGGUAUCAUGCUUUCUCCGCCAUUUGAGGACCCAGACGUCCUUCUCUCUACCCAUCAUGUCUUUCGUCCUUCUAAGCGCCUACCUACUUGA